CGUGGGACGCGUGGCUCCAUCUCGGCUGCCCCGGUGCAGCGCGGCACAGCCCCUCCCCGCUGCAGCGAUGCCGAUCCUCAAGCAACUCGUCUCCAACUCUGCCCACUCCAAGCGGCGCUCGCGGGCCGACCUGACGGCCGAGAUGAUCAGCGCGCCGUUGGGGGACUUCCGCCACACCAUGCACGUGGGGCGGGCGGGGGACGCCUUUGGGGACACCUCCUUCCUCACCAGCAAGGCUGGGGAGCCGGGGCCAGAGGCAGGCGAGGAGCCGGGCGCCUCCAAACCCAGCCUGCUCUCCCGCCGCUUCCGCAGCAGCAAACGCUCGCAGUCGGUGACGCGAGGUGACCGGCGGGACAUGCUGGGUUCGCUGCGGGACUCGGCGCUCUUUGUGAAGAACGCCGUCUCCCUGCCCCAGCUCAACGAGAAGGAGGUGGACAGGAGCGCGGGGCAGCUGCCCAAGAGCCUCUCCUCCAGCCCCGUGAAGAAACUGCCCGAGGAGGUGAGCCCCGAAGAGCAGCAGCGCCCAAACGGGGCGGCCGCCGGGCCUCUCAGCCCCGGCUUGGACGAGCGCGACUUCGGGGACAUCACGGAGCUGCCCGUCGUGGUGGCCAAGAGCGGGGCGGGCAUGAAGCACGCCGAGUCCAUCAUGUCCUUCCACAUUGACCUGGGGCCCUCCAUGCUCGGGGAUGUCCUGAGCAUCAUGGAUAAGGAGCAGUGGGAGCAGGACGAAGACCCCGAGGUGGAGGAGAGCCGCGAGGAGGAGGUGGAUGCCGCCCUGCCCGGCUCCCCGGCGGCAGCAGCAGCCCCGUUGAGCCAGAGCCCGUCCCACAGCACCGGCGGCCGCUGCCCCAGGGACAGCAGUUCGGCGUCCAGCUGCACCUCAGGGCCAGAGGAGCGCAGUCCUGUCCCUGGGCCACCAAGCCACCGGGGCCCCCCGAAACGCCCCGACAAGGAGUUCUCCUUCGCUGACGAAGACGACGACGAGAUCAGAGUAUAAAAGGCAGGCGGACGAGCCAAGGGGUCUGGUUCUUAUUUGCGGUUGCUUGGACACGGGGCCGAAUACCCCGGUGCUGCAACGGGUGGCACUGGGGAAGACUCAACUCCUCACUCGUUCCCACUCCCCGUCCGGCGGCGGACGUGCCGCAGCAGGACAGCACUCUGCUCCCGGGGAUGGGGCAUCCCCGAUGCCUCUUGGCUCCCAGAGAGUUCCAGCACAUCCCGGGAGGGGAAAGCAGACUCGAUUUCGGUUCUUUUUGUUAGACUUUGGA